AUGGGUAAUAAUUGUGUAGGACCGAGCAUUUCCAAGAAUGGUUUUCUCCAAUCGGUUUCCGCUGCAAUGUGGCGAAAUCGAUCGCCAGAUGAUUCGAUGUCUCAGACCACUAAUGGAGAGUCUGUCCAUGAGCAUGAGGCUGCAACUAGAGAACCUGAAUCGCCUUUGCCAGUUCAAAGCAAACCCCCAGAACAAAUUACCAUGCCAAAACCUGAAGCACCGGAGAAACCAGAAAAAUCAGAAGAGCCUGCAAAACGUAAGAAACCCCCUCAAGUGAAGAGGGUGUCUAGUGCUGGGCUUAGGACUGAGUCUGUUUUAAAAACUAAAGCUGGUAAUUUAAAGGAGUUCUAUAGUUUGGGAAAGAAACUAGGACAAGGGCAAUUUGGAACCACAUUUCUUUGCGUGGAGAAAGCAACAAAGAAAGAAUUUGCGUGCAAAUCGAUUGCUAAGAGGAAGUUGUUAACUGAUGACGAUGUGGAGGAUGUGAGAAGGGAAAUUCAGAUAAUGCAUCAUUUGGCUGGCCACCCGAAUGUUAUAUCUAUUAAAGGGGCUUAUGAGGAUGCUGUGGCAGUUCAUGUUGUUAUGGAGUUAUGUGCUGGUGGUGAGCUCUUUGAUAGGAUUAUUCAGCGUGGGCAUUAUACUGAAAGAAAGGCAGCUGAGCUUACGCGAACUAUAGUUGGAGUGGUUGAAGCUUGUCAUUCACUGAGUGUGAUGCAUAGAGACCUUAAACCAGAGAACUUUCUGUUUGUCAACCAAAAAGAGGACUCGCUUUUAAAAGCAAUUGACUUUGGUUUGUCAAUUUUCUUCAAGCCAGGAGAGAGAUUUAGCGAUGUGGUUGGAAGUCCAUAUUAUGUUGCUCCGGAGGUUCUGAAAAAGCGUUAUGGUCCUGAAGCAGAUGUUUGGAGUGCUGGAGUCAUCAUUUACAUUCUGUUAAGUGGAGUGCCACCCUUUUGGGCCGAGACUGAGCAGGGGAUAUUUGAACAGGUCCUGCAUGGUGAUCUUGACUUUUCAUCAGACCCUUGGCCUAGUAUCUCUGAAAGUGCCAAGGAUUUAGUGAGGAGAAUGCUUGUUCGAGACCCCAAAAGGCGCCUAACUGCACAUGAAGUUCUGUGCCACCCUUGGGUGCAAGAAGAUGGUGUAGCUCCUGACAAGCCUCUGGAUUCAGCUGUAUUAAGUCGCCUGAAGCAAUUUUCUGCUAUGAACAAGCUCAAGAAAAUGGCUCUUAGAGUCAUUGCAGAGAGCCUAUCUGAAGAAGAAAUAGCUGGCUUAAAGGAGAUGUUCAAGAUGAUAGACUCUGACAGCAGUGGUCAAAUCACUUUUGAAGAACUCAAGGCUGGAUUAAAAAGAGUUGGAGCUAAUCUUAAGGAAUCUGAAAUUUAUGAUCUAAUGCAAGCAGCUGAUGUAGACAAUAGUGGCACUAUUGAUUAUGGGGAGUUCAUUGCUGCAACACUUCAUCUAAACAAAAUCGAGAGAGAGGAUCAUCUAUUUGCAGCUUUCACAUACUUUGAUAAGGACGGAAGUGGCUACAUUACUCCAGAUGAGCUCCAGCAAGCUUGUGAGGAGUUUGGAUUAGAGGAUGUUCGCCUUGAAGAAAUGAUCAGAGAAGUUGACCAGGACAAUGACGGACGCAUAGAUUACAACGAAUUUGUGGCCAUGAUGCAGAAGGGAAAUGUAGCAGGUCCUGCAAGGAAGGGCCUGGAGCAUAGUUUCAGCAUUAAUUUUAGAGAAGCUCUCAAACUUUAG